AUGGUAUCCUGUGCCGUUCUACCUCCACGCCUUCCCGCUGGGAUGGCUCCACCCACGGGCAUCGGCGCGUCAGAAGCCUUCAGUUACGAUGAGGCCCUUAACUGGGAACACAACAAAGCCGUACACGAGGAGGAGCCCUCUAGACGCAAGAGUCUAUUUCGUAAAGUUGGCCUCACCACGCAACGGAAAAGGCGGGACUCGGAGGAUGAUCUCCCGCCAUUUGUGAUGCGUCAAAUCCCCUACGAUACCUGGCGAAAACAUUAUGCUAAGGACAGGGAUGGCAACUACAGAGGGACGCAUGCUCCAGCCGAAGAUUGUCUGCUUAAACCAGAGGAUGUACAGAAAUGGCGCCUUGGGGAUCCUCUCACAAACGCGGAUAGAUGGACUCGAGGCAGAGAGGCGCUCCCUGUGUACUCGGAGGUUUCCGCUGAUGGAGCCGUGCCAGAAUACCAAGUCGACUACGAUAAUCCAGACCGCUCUCCGGCCAACGAGGGCAUGAUGGGCCGAGAUGACGACAGGCUUGCAGAAUACUUUGACGCGAGCCAGCUGCACGAGGGGAAGCAGCAGCAAACAUCACCUACCCAGACGCAAACCUGUGGGCACGUCACGCCCACAUCAACAUCGCAACCCGGUUCUCGAUCCCAUGGCCCAAUAUUCGCCGAUGGGAAGACGGCAGAGGAGAUCAUCGAAGAAGCUCGAAAGAAAGGCAGACCCAAGUUGACGUGGAGACAGAAGCUAUCCAACGCUGCCUUGAUGACCAUGGGCUCGGCAUUACCGGGGAGCGUAUGA